AUUAAAGUUUUGAUCUAAGCAGCUUGUCCUUUUCUUUUCUUUUGUUUUGGGGGUGGUGGCCGUGGUUGGUAGUGGUGCAGGUGUCAAUGGCGGUGCGCGUGGUGGAGACGGUCAUAGUUAUUUCCGGCAAUAUCCACUUUUUUUCAUUACUAUGAUCUCUCCAUUUAUGGGUUCUUAUCAUUGAUCUCUGAGAUUGCAAGAUUCUUGCUUUUUGUUGUACUUCAGUUGAAUAUUGGAGAGAAAGGGAUUAGCAUGCUCCUUUGACUUAGGAAUGUCCCUCAAAAGCAUUGUGCGUGAGCUGAGGGAGAUGAAAGAUGGGAUUGGAAACAUUUCUAGACGAGGCGUUGAGGGGAAGCAUUGGCGUGGGCGGACAAGGUCGCAUAUUGCACCUGAUGAAACAACGCCUGAUUUUGAUCUAAUAAUACAAGGCCAGUGGGCGAAUUUACCGCCUGAAUUGCUCUUGGAUAUUGUUAGGAGGGUCGAGGAGAGUGAGACAUCUUGGCCUGCUCGUGCUGUUGUUGUUUCCUGUGCUUUGGUUUGUAGGUCGUGGAGGGAAGUUACAAAGGAAAUUGUUAAAACUCCUGAGCAGUGUGGGAGACUGACAUUUCCUAUCUCAUUGAAGCAGCCUGGCCCUCGUGAAUCUCCCAUCCAAUGCUUUAUUAGAAGAGAUGCUGCAACUUCAACAUAUCUCUUGUACUACGGUCUAGUGCCUUCUGAGAGCGAGAGUGAAAAAUUGCUUCUGGCUGCAAGAAAGAUAAGAAGAACAACAUGUACGGAUUUCGUUAUAUCCUUGGUUUCAGAUAAUUUUUCACGAGCCAGUAACACAUAUGUUGGUAAACUGAGGUCUAAUUUCUUAGGAACCAAGUUCACUGUAUUUGAUAGCCAACCCACAUAUGAAAUGCAAAUGCAACCAGCUAGCCGUACACAUCGCAGAUUCCAUUCUAGGCAGGUGUCUCCAAAAUUACCUGCGUAUAAUUACAGUAUAGGCAACAUCACCUAUGAGCUCAAUGUUCUCCGCACAAGAGGACCACGAAGAAUGCAUUGUGUCAUGCACUCGAUUCCUAUCUCUUCCAUUGAGGAGGGAGGUACUGCCCCAACACCAACAUCAUUCCCAGAGACUUUCGAUGAUCGAGUAUCUCUAUCAUCAGGUUCAAAAGGAAAGGAAUCCGGCUUUGAUUCUAUUUCUGCAAGCCCCUCUGAGACGCCUGUGAUUGUCCAUGCGACUGUAGAGCCCCUUAUUCUAAAAAACAAAGCUCCUAGAUGGCAUGAACAGCUUCAGUGCUGGUGUCUAAAUUUCAGGGGGCGUGUUACUGUCGCAUCUGUUAAGAAUUUCCAACUCGUUGCAGCUGUUGGCGCAUCACACAACGUGCCAGCUGCGGAACAAGAGAAGGUGAUCUUACAGUUUGGAAAAAUUGGGAAAGAUAUUUUCACCAUGGAUUAUUGCUACCCACUUUCUGCCUUCCAAGCUUUUGCAAUCUGUCUGAGCAGUUUUGAUACCAAACCAGCCUGUGAAUGAUCAAGAAACCACUACCAUGGUUUGCUGAUGGACUGUUUUGUUUCAAUUUUGGAAUACUGUAAUUUACAGCUAUUGGAAGGUGAUCUUAGCUGUGUAAUCCCAUUCCCUACCAUAUUUGGUCAUGGAAUUUGACUUGUUUUUUUUGUUGAUGUAUCAUCUUAACACUAAUGUAAUUCAAAGAAAAAUCAGUGUGUUGUAUCUA